GAGAGAGAGAAGAUACAAAUACAUACAAACAUCACAGUGCAUUGCUUCUUUAAUCAGUGUGUGUGAAAGUGUGUGUUGGACCAGUGUGGGGUUGGGGGUGUUUCCCUCGGCACGAGAAAAUCUCUUUUCUAUUUACUCCCCUCUUCUCCCGCCCUCCCCCCUUCUCAAAUAUACUCACACAUUCAGAGAGAGAGAGAGAGAGAGAGAGAGAUAGAGAUAGAGAUAGAGAUAGAGAUAGAGAGAUAGAGAGAUAGAGGGUGGGUGUGUGUUUUUAUUUUGUGGGGUUGUAGAGAAAUGGGUGAAGAGAGUGUGAAUGCAGAGAGAGAGAGUGAGAGUGGGAGAGGGGGUUGUGUUGUAAUGGAUACUCCUGAGAGGAAGCAUCAACUCGCUCCCCCUGUCUCCAAAUUCGAGGAUUCCCCCGUCUUCAAUUAUCUCAAUAGCCUUUCUCCUAUCACUUCUGUGAAGUCCGUACACAUUACUCAGACGUUUAACUCGCUUACCUUUUCAUCUCCUCCAUCUGUUUUCACUUCACCUCAUGUCAGUACUUUGAGGGAUAGUAGAGUGUUAAGGAGGCAUCAGUUCUCUGACCCAUCCAACUCUGAGUUCUCUUCUAGUCAUGGAGACAAAGAGGAUAAAAGUGGAGAAGCUACUGACAUUCCUCAUAAUGUUGAGCAACAACAAAAUGAUAAUCAUGUGGACGUAGCUGGUAAAUCAUCUGCCGAGCCACUUUAUGAAACAAAUGUUGCUAUUGAGCUCCCACAAACCUCAAGCUAUGAAUGUGUUAGCCCUGAUUGCGCUAAAGCUUCUCAUUGUGGCUUGGAAACCAAUUGCAUACCAGAAUUGGCCGGCUCUUCUAAAGAACUUAUUCCAUAUGUUCAAAUUCGCCCAGGAAAAGAAUCUAUAGAAAAAGAAGUGCAUUUGGAGGGGCCGAGCCAUAUCCAGGAAAAUAAAGAAUCUGCAGGAUGCGAUUGGGAGAAUUUAUUUUCUGAUGAAGGUGACCUACUGCUGUUUGAUACACCGAAUGAUUCGAAGACUUUAAUUGAUCCUAGUCAAAGAUCAAUAGAACCUGGAAUGGGUUUCUGUAGUUCUUUAACUAAUGAUUUACAAAAUCCUUUAGCUGUUAAUGCAGUUAGUGCAGAUAACAAUUCUCAGCUUGAAUGCGGCCGUGAUAUGUCAGUAGUUACAGAUCAAGACAUACUUGUUUCACAGAGCAAGCCUGUGGCUGGUGACAAUGGUGAUAAUGUGGACGAUGAGAUUGCUUCUAAUCUUCAACGUGGUAUGAGAAGACGCUGUCUGGUAUUUGAGAUGGUGGGUUCUCGCAGAAAACGCGUGGAUGAUGGCUCUAAUUGUAGUUCUUCAAUGCUGUUGCAGUCUAAUGAGAAUACUGCUUCCGGUGACAAAUGUGUAGUUCCUUUAAAGCCUGCGAGUAAUGCCCCUAAGCGCAGACUACCAGGAAUUGGUUUGCACUUGAAUACACUUGCAGCAACAUCAGUGGACCACAAAAUUAUAAACCAUGAUGCCUUCCCCCCUGGAGGACAACCAAUAAGUGUCUGUGGAUCGGCUGCUUAUUUCAAUCUGUCAAAUAGUCAACAAAUUGUAAACAGUGAUUUGGUUGUAACCUCUUCGGAUAUCGAUACAUGUCCUCUUGAAGAUGGUAUUUUGAAUGCAGAAAAUGCUGCUCUAGGAUCAGGAUGCAUGGUCAAUGAAGUUUUAGAUCACAGUAGCCCAAAGAAGAAGAAACGUAGAUCGGACAGCGGUGGAGAAAGUGAAGCCUGUAAGCGUUGUAACUGUAAGAAAUCAAAAUGUUUGAAGCUCUACUGUGAGUGCUUCGCUGCUGGUGUUUACUGUGUGGAACCAUGUUCAUGCCAAGAAUGUUUCAACAAACCGAUUUAUGAAGACACUGUCCUUGCAACUAGAAAGCAGAUUGAAUCUCGCAAUCCCCUUGCAUUUGCUCCAAAAGUAAUCCGAAACUCUGAUGUUAUGAUUGAAGUUGGGGAAGAAUCCAGCAAGACUCCUGCUUCAGCUAGGCAUAAAAGAGGAUGUAACUGCAAGAAAUCUGGUUGCCUAAAGAAAUAUUGUGAAUGCUAUCAGGGUGGUGUUGGAUGCUCCAUUAAUUGCAGAUGUGAAGGUUGCAAGAAUGCAUUUGGUAUAAAGGAUGGCUCUACUUCUACAGAAACAGAAGUCGAAAUAGAAGGAGAUGCUGAACAGGAAAAGAGAGCUGUUAAUAGAAGCUUACAGAUAACUACAGUACACAAUGAUGCAGAGCAGAAAACAAGUUUUGCUCUUCCUGCAACACCUUUACAGAUUUGCGGUUCAUCAAUUCAGCCUUUUUCAUCUAAGAGCAAGAAACCACCGCGUUCUUCACUUCUUUCCAUUGGAGGAUCCUCCUCAGGAUUAUAUGGUACUCCAAGGUUUGGAAAGCUGAAUUCUAUUCAGCCUCUAGCCAACAUCCAUGACCGGAAAGAGGAAAUGCCAGAGAUACUCCAGAGAAAUGCUUCUCCGAACAGUGGUGUCAAGUCUGGUUCUCCCAACAGUAAGAGAGUUUCUCCUCCUCAAUCCAUUGGAUUGUCUCCUGGACAGAGAAGCAGCCGUAAGUUAAUACUACAGUCCAUUCCUUCAUUUCCUUCACUCACCCCUAAGCACUGAGAAAAUCAGUUUCUUGCAUGAACUUAAAUGAAGUUUUGGUCUCUUAAAAGACUUCUUUGUAGUAAUUAGUAAUUCUUUUUUUUUUUUUUUUUUCUCUCUCAGAGUUUUAAGUAUUAAUUAUGUUGUUAGUGGUAUGCAAUUCAAGCUUACCUAUAUGAUUGUAUAAUAAUAGUAAUCAUAAAUAUGUUUCUGUUUA